CCCCCAGCACCUCGACAGCCACGUCUGUCGAUCAGCCCUCAUACAACAGCAGCCAAUAAUGCCUCGGCUGAUGGAGGGUUUCAGUUCAUCGUGGGCAGCUCGCUCAAAGAGCUCAAGUCAAAGAAGAACAUGACUGUUGUACGCAAGAAGGCAAUGCGACACUACCUUGCGAAUGACAAGGAGGAUAGCAGGAAAAAGAGCUCGGUCAGCGAGCAAGCACGACAUGUGAGCAUCGACUCCGCUGGGUCACGAUCAAGCAUCAGGAGCCAAGAAGCAAUCAAAACCACUGUCGGACUCACCACCUCGAAUGAACUGGCACGUGAGACCAGGAGGACACAGAGCUCAACGACUCGGCCGCCAGCAUUACAACAUUCUCAGCACACUUCGCUUCCGGAAGCUCAUGUGCCAGCGGUAGAGACAAUUGAGCAGGGACUCAUGAAACUGGAAUUGGAACUCAUCGAACCUCCAAGGAAAGGAGUGCGGCCAUACGACGUCCAAAACCCACCAUUGUUUAACUCUUUCGGCGAAGGUGUGGACCCUUUCAGAACGAUGUUUCAGUCAAGCUACCCACGGGUGUCUGUCGAGAGAAUGAAGUUUCUCUGUGCAAGGUUCUUCGGAACUAAAGCCAUGGGCAUGCAUUGGAUACCCACCGUACUCAGUGCGCCACAUACUUUUCUGAGCACGCUGAGUUGUGCAUCCGCCCACCUGGAUGCCGUACUCGAACGCGAUAUUGAAAGUGUUGAGACGUCACUACUCCGCCAGGAAGUAAUGCAUCUCAUCAGUCGAGGAAUGGCGCAUCCAGGACAGCAGGUCAAUGACCUCAACAUCACCGCUUUGAUCCAACUCAUCGUUUCCGAAGUCAUUGGUCGAGAAAGGAUUUCGUUGGACAUACACGAAGGCGGUCUUGAAAGGAUGAUCACAGUACGUGAAGGCCUCGAUAAGCUUGGGUUGAACGGCUACCUUGCGUCAACCUGCUCGUGGGUAUUGCUAGAGUCUGCCAUACUUCGUGAACAGAGUCCACGACGGAUUUUUGUCGAUUAUUGCACGUCGAGAUCGACCAAACGGUAUCCUCCAUCCGCAAUACUCCCAGAGUCGCCUCUCUAUCGCCCGAGGCAACAAUUUAAUACUCUUCGGAACUCUCGGUACUACCAGAAGAUGACACUGAAUUUGCUGGAAAAUGUCAACUCAAUGACCGAUCUCUUCCUUUCCCCAACGCAGUUUUCGCGCUGUGGCUCAACAACCCUGCAGAGCUAUUACAAAGACAUCACGACCAGGUACCCACCCAUCUCAAAAGACCAAAAGCCAACACAGAGCGACUACAAAUAUGAGGCUAUCCGAAUCGCAGCCGUAUUCCAAGCCAUCGCGAUGAUCAACUGCAUACCCCUAUCGCAUGCCCUUCCCCUUGCUGCGAACGUAGUGCUGAGCUCAAAUAAUCUGUUUGCGCCAAGCUCGCGUUCGACGGACUCUCCAACCUCACCCUUACCUCCCAUGAACUUACGACACGACUCUUUGACCAGCUCGGUCAAGUCUUCAUCGUAUGCAAGGACUAUCACACUUUCACCUUCCGAUUCAUAUUUCGACGACUCGCAAACAUCAAUCAACUUCGUGACGAACUCGCACCCAACGACAGCAGCAAGUAUAAGUCACCCUUCUUUCUCAUCGGUAUCGACUUCACGUUCAUCAAUGUCUUCGAAUGCAUUGCGACCCCCAGAACACACCGCAUCGACCAACCUUCUCGCUCAUCUAAAGGCAACUCUCGACGCCUCCAAUUUGUCUGAAGCUUGGCAAGACAUGGCGGGCGUACUCCUCUGGAUCGGACUCACUUUCGGUGCAGCAAGCCACAACGUCGGAAACCGAGUCCUUGAGAAGUGGUAUUCUGCUCUGUCCGUGCGAACGAGUACGCUGUUGAGCUUCCAGCACCCAGAACCCAUUCAUUCUACCAUGUUGAAGAUGACUCGGAUUGUAGAGGCACUGCGCGAGCCGCCUUCCCCUAGCAGGACGAAUCCCACAAUGGCGGGGACGGGAAAGAAACGGAAGACGCAGAUUUGA